AUGAUAAUCUCUUGGAUUCUUCAUUCUAUUUCUAAAGAAAUUGCUGAAAUUGUUAUGUUCAGAGAUACCAUCGAUGCUAUAUGGAAGGAUUUAUCUAAUCGUUUCAACCAUAGUAAUGGUCCCCAUAUGUUCCAACUCAGGGAGUUAGCUACUGCCCUCAAACAAAGAAAUCAAGACAUCAACACCUACUUCACUAGACUGAAAGUUCUAUGGGAUGAAUUUGCUGAGUUCCACCCCACUGCUGUUUGCACUUAUGGUGCCAUGGAAAAGCUCAAUGAUUUUUAUAAUCUUGAUCAAGUCUUACAAUUCUUAACAGGGCUCAAUGACUCGUAUCAGCCUAUUCGUGCACAAAUUCUUUUGAUAGAUUCUCUCCCCAACAUAUCAAAAGUGUUCUCCAUGGUCAUUCAAGAAAAGAGGCAACAUACUCUUAGCACUACCACUAUUUAUGCGAUUGCUGCUGCCACUUCAACAAGCACCACUCAACCCCCAAGGUCUAAGAAGCCAAGACCUUUCUGCACUCAUUGCAAAUGA